AUGGCUCUUCAACUCUGGUCAACCCUUAAAGAAGCCAUUGUUGUUUACACUGGCCUUUCCCCAGCAACUUUCUUCACUCUCCUAGCGAUUUUCUUCACCCUCUACUACAUCGUCACAAGUCUCUUCGGUUCCUCAGACACCCCCCAACGCCAUGAUACCUCAAGGGACUUUGAUGCUCAGAUGGAGCCUCUUAAACCACCUGUUCAGAUCGGUGAAGUUACCGAGGAAGAGCUUAAAGAUUAUGACGGUAAUAACCCUGAUAAGCCCCUUCUUAUGGCUAUUAAGGGUCAGAUCUAUGAUGUUUCUCAAAGCAGGAUGUUUUAUGGCCCUGGUGGACGUUAUGCCCUGUUUGCCGGUAAGGAUGCUAGCAGAGCUCUAGCAAAGAUGUCAUUUGAAGAGAAAGAUUUAACCGGGGACAUAUCUGGUCUUGGCCCAUUUGAGCUCGAGGCCUUGCAAGAUUGGGAAUACAAGUUUAUGGGAAAGUACGUAAAGGUUGGAACUAUAAAAAACAGUGUUCCAGUAACCGAACCAGAAACCACUGGCGAACCUUCAGAAUCCACUUCUCCUGAUGCCGACCUUUCCAUUGCUCGUAAAAACAAUGAUGCUGCGGAAGCUUCUAAGCAUCAUGAAGAUGCACCUUCAGAAACUCCAGCUGUUGUUAAAAGUGAGGAAAAUACAGCUUCACAUGUUGAUGCAGAUCAUAAAGGGGAAUAA